AUGAUAGUUCAGUCAAACUUACAGUAGUUGAUUAUAAUUAUCGCAGAAGAAAAUGGAAUAAUGAUAAAAAAAAGCAACUGGAUAUUCUUCCAUCAUUUUAUCCUAAAGGAAAUUUAGAAAAUUUUAUAGCACAUUGUGAAAUUCUUGAAAAUGAUGACUUCAUUACGAUUACACGUAUUGGUGUAUUUAUCUGGACCUAUAAACUUUCCGAUAUUAAGAUGCACUAUUAUUGGAAUGAUUGUAAUGAUCGUUUAGAGAAGUUUGUUUUUGAAAAGAUGAAGCUUAAAAUUCUCACCGAGAACUGGACUUCAGGAAGAAUUCUUCCUGCUUCAAGUUAUGAAACAAUCCGUGACAAUUUAGAUAUUAAGUUUGGCGAAAAUGAGCUCUUCAAAGAGUUUUUGGAAAAUAAUAUCGAUGAUGAAUUUUAUUUAGCUUGUUACGGAAAAGAUAUUAUGGAAGCAUUAAUUUUAUUAAGGGAUGAUAAAUGGAUUCGACGUUUAGGUCACAGCCUUAUGGAAAAGUUCGUGAAAGAUAAAAAUCAUCUGAUUUCUAAAAUUUCAUUAUUGAGUAUUAUUUUUGAAAAUUUUGAAGAACUAUCAGAAAAUCAUCCUGCUUUUAUAGCAAGUACUUUGUCCAAAAUAGGAUUUGUAGUUCCCUCUGCCAUCGUAAAUUCAAAAUCUAUUUCUUCACACCUUUCCGGUUAUGGGAAAUACUACUAUUUAUCUAAAACAUCAUAUUUUGAUAUAUUAAUUUCUAAUCUUUGGGUUCGUUGGAUUAGUUUUCAAGAAAGUUUUAAAAAUAGAUUUCAAAAUUUUCAAGAGAAGUAUCCUCUUUUUAAAAAUUUGAUUGUAAAACCAGUUAUCGAUUUUUAUGUUGUAGGCCAUAUAUAUACCCAAAAAGAUAAAUGGACAGGUUAUAAAAAACCUUAUAUUUCAAAGAAUCUUAAUGAAGUUCUUCUACUCCCUGAAGAAGAACCUUCUCUUAAAGAUAUUGAGGAUGCUAUUGAAGAUCUGAAAAACAAAAUAAAAAAAACGGAUGGUUAUGGUUUGACAUGGACAGAACAAAAUAAUAAUGUCUUAAAUAUGUAA